AUGUAUAGUUUAACUGAAAAAAAUCAUAAAAGUUUAAUUGAUAAUCUUAAAAGAAGAGGAAUAAUAGAAGAUGAUGAAGUAUAUGACACUAUGCUACAGGUUGAUAGAGGAAAAUAUAUAAAGGAAAAUCCAUAUGUAGAUACACCUGUUUAUAUAAGUCAUGGUGUUACUAUAUCAUCUCCACAUAUGCAUGCUUUAUCUUUAAAGAGAUUGAUGAGUGUAUUAAAACCAGGAUCUAGAGCUAUUGAUGUUGGAUCAGGAUCAGGGUAUUUAACUGUAUGUAUGGCUAUAAGAACAAAUGUAUUAGAAAACAAAAACUCGUUUGUUUUAGGAAUAGAAAGAGUAAAAGAUCUAGUGGAUUUUUCUAUUGAGAAUAUAAAAAGAGACAAACCAGAGUUAUUAAAUAUAGAGAAUUUUAAAAUUAUUCACAAAAACAUUUAUCAAGUAAAUGAAGAAGAAAAAAAAGAGUUAGGUUUAUUUGAUGCUAUUCAUGUAGGAGCAUCAGCUAGCGAACUUCCAGAUAUUCUAGUUGAUUUAUUAGCAGAAGAUGGAAAACUUAUCAUACCUAUAGAAGAAGGAUAUACACAAGUUUUGUAUGAAAUCACUAAAAAGAACGGAAAUAUUAUUAAAGAGAGAUUAUUUGAUGUUUGUUUUGUUUCUCUAAAAAAAAACUAA